UUUCUCUCUCUCUGUAGCUCUUUUCACCGAUCGUUCCCUCCCUUUCUACCAUCAUCUCUUCGUUCUGCUACCCCUUGGCGAGGUGGCGGUCCAGAGCGCAGAGCGCGUCAGCCGUGCGGGAUGCUGAAUCCGAAGGAGAUUCAGUUGUACGCCUGGCUGCUUUGCCACUGUGCUCUCUGUGCGCGUUUCAUAUAGUUAUUCAUUCUCUAUAAGUUAUAAACUAUCAAUUCUUAUAUAUACUAUAUAAGUUUCACGUUUUAUCUCAUUGAAAUUGUUUCGCAUAUUCACGCAUCGCGUUCAUCAUCUUCCGGGUACCCUCAACCGACGAAUCGAAUCCAGGAAUGGACUUUUUGUGAAAGAAAAAGGCGUGUACCCGACAUACACGGCUACCGUCACAUUGGGGGGGUUGGAGAGAAUAGGACACGAGGAUGGGUGUCUAUGUGAUUGGAAUAGCCGGCGUUAUCGUGUUUUACGUGGCUGUACUCUGCGUUGGUAUUUGGGCUGCGUUUGUAAAAAGAAAGAAAAGUCAACAGCAGCAUGGCCAGAAUGAUAUGAUAUUGGCGAAUCGUCGAUUAGGACCUUUACUCGGAGUCUUCACGCUUGUAGCCACGUGGGUAGGUGGUGCAUACGUGAACGGUACCGCUGAGGUCAUGUACACGAAGGGUUUACUUUGGUGUCAGCCGCCAAUUGGUUAUAGUUUGAGUCUUUUAUUUGGUGCUAUAUUAUUUGUGAGGCCAAUGAGAAAAGCCGAAUACGUGACAAUGUUGGAUCCCUUUCAAGAAAGAUACGGUGCCGGAGUUGGCGGAUUACUUUUUAUUCCAGCAUUAUUUGGCGAUUUGUUCUGGUGUGGAACGGUAUUGAAGGCUUUGGGAAGUUCAUUGGUUGUCAUUGCUGAAGUUGAUCCACAAUUGAGCAUUUGUGCCUCGGCAUUGUUAGCAGCCAUAUACACCGUUUUCGGUGGAUUGUAUUCCGUAGCGUGUACGGACGCUCUCCAAUUGGCCUGCAUAAUUCUAGGAUUAGCUAUCACAGCACCAUUUUCCGUAUUCCAUCCUGCUACGUCGUUUGAAAAGAAUUUAUCAUCGAGGGAGUGGCUUGGUGAAAUUAAAAACGAAGAUCUAGCUACGUGGAUCGAUGGCAUGCUUUUACUGGUAUUCGGUGGGAUACCAUGGCAGGGAUACUUUCAACGAAUACUGAGCUUUCGAAGUACUACCGUUGCAACAACGUUAUCGGUAGCCUCUAUGUUUUUCUGUAUAAUACUCGCAGCACCAUGUGCUUUGAUCGGUGUUGUGGCACGUGCAACGGACUGGACAUUGGUCGAGGGUUCGAACAAGACUUUUCCUUUCGAUCCUAAUGCUGCAUUACCUUUUGUCUUGAGGUACUUGACACCACCGUGGGUUUCUUUCAUAGGUCUCGGAGCGAUUUCAGCUGCAAUAAUGUCAUCGGCAGAUUCCAGUAUACUCGCAAGCAGUACUAUGUUUUCAAGGAAUAUUUAUAGACUGACGUUUAGGCCGAAGGCAUCAGAAAGAGAAUUAAAUUGGAUAUUACGAAUCUCGAUGUUAAUGGUCUCAAUUCUCUCGACUAUUUUUGCAUUGAAAGUUGAUAGCAUUUAUUAUCUUUCGUAUCUAUCAUCCGAUCUUGUGUACGUCGUACUUUUCCCUCAGUUAUUAGCGAUCAUCUAUUGGCCAUCAUUGAUCGAUACUUAUGGAUGCCUCGCGGGAUACUUUGUUGCUGUUGUAUUACGUGUCGGUGGAGGUGAAGAGGGUUUGGGUAUACCGGCUCUGAUUGAAUAUCCAUUCUACGACAAAGUGACCAGAACCCAGAAAUUUCCUUUCCGUACAACCGCAAUGUUGUCGGCUCUUGUCGUGCAAAUAAUAGCUAGUUUCUUUACGCGAAAUCUUCUUGGGAAAGGUUAUUUCCCUCGUUGUUGCGACGUACUAAGCGUUUAUUCACCUGGAAAGACGAAAGACCAAUCAGGGGUGAUACAGAGUAACUCGGGCGCAGCCCUGAUGGAUUCAUCAUCAGUAAACAAAUCAUUGUCAGGUAUAGAUGCAUGCGAUGGUGUAAGUGGUUGCAAUUAUGAGCUUGACAGAUCUGGAACGAUUAAUUUGAACGAUGAUCAACGUUCGGAACAACGUUGUUCAGAAAACAACGUUGCUGUUAGCGAUUUUACUAAUAACGAGACGUUAAGAGGAAACACCGUUGCAUCCGUCAUACAAAGAACCAGUCAAACUAGCCAAAGUUUUCACGGAAUCUCGAGAAAUUCAAGCCAACCGAUCUCAAUAACUGGUAGGCACGUACAAACGGCAACUAAUCAAUACGUUCCUAUACCGAUCAACGAGGUCAGUGCAACGUGUAGAGGUCAGAUACUUGGCGUUAGGAAUCUUCGAGAUUCAUUAGGUCAAGUACUUUUGCCAGUCGACAACAAUGUCUCUGCGUCAAAUGGGAACGAAAUUGGAAAUAUUAAUACGAUACCCUCGAAUACAACAAUACCACCAGCAUCCAUGUCAAUUGCCUCACCAUAUAAUAAGAUUAAUAACGAGAGCACGACCACUAAUGAUAAAUUAUUAUUACGUGAUUGCGAAAGAACUGCCGAUAGAAAUCCAAUAGAAUUUAAUUUAAAUGCUCAAGACAGCAUGCUUACAAACGUUUGCGGUAAAAAGAAUGUUAAGGGUGUGAAAUUGGUCGGUAUGGAUGGUGGAACAUUGAGAAGACCUUCUUUACAAGGUACAUUCUCCCCAACACCAUCAGUAGAACUAGUCCACAUUUUGGAUAGACGACAAAGUAGUGGAUCUUACGGUCCUGGAUCUUUAUCACCAGUACCAAUGGGCAUAGAAGCUUGUAAAACUCAUGGUACUGCACCAGAAGGACACAACGGGAACGAACAUUGCAGAAUAAAAAGAGGCAUCGUCAGGCAUCACAGCUUUAACGACACCGGAGAUCGAGCACUUACAACAUUGGCCAGACAGCCGACUUAUCCUUCGAUGCCGUUAAGACCCGAGGACUGUCGUAUGACAUUAGUGAAGAAGGACAAGAGGACAGGUACCAUCGCUCGUCAUUCCUCGGUGACGAAUGAAAAGGAACUCGGUGGUUGUACGACCACUGGUGUCGUCAUCUGUAGCCCGACUUACAGUAUGUACGGCUCAGCCGUUAAAAAUUCCAAUUACUUCGUGACAGAUGACGAAGCGGUCAGCAGAUUUUAAAAGAAACGUUCGAAAAGGAUACAAACUGAAGAGACUAGAAAUAUCAAUGACAAUCGUAACUAUCUUCUUGUAGGUUAAUAGGCUACACAUACACACACACACACUCCUUCGUAACGAAUUAUCAUUCUAUCACAAUCCCAAAUAUUUUUCACCGGUCAUUUGUUCAACAAUACUUAAGGAAUACGUCUUCUUAUAUAAUAUAUAUAAAAGUAUAUAGUAUACUAUACUAGUAUAGUAUAUUAUACUUCCUUUAUAUAUAUAUAUAUAUAUAGAUACAGACACUUUUUACGUUCCAUUAUUCGUUAGGUCAACGUCAAUUGUGAGAUUAUGAAAAUGGAGAUAGAUAAUUCGGCGUUUCGCAUGGCUGACACAACGCUGACGAUGAAUAAUAUUAUUAUUUUGUUCGUAUAUAUCAUAAUUAAAAAACGCACACGCGCGCGCACAUGGCAAAGUGGCUUGCACUAUAUUAAAAAGUAAGUACGUAACAUGAGCAUUUCUAUCUGACAAAAAGAUACAUGUAACAAAUAGACCUAGGUAAUAUACGCGUACAUCUUUUUGUUUAAUCAUCAAAUGUAGAAACUGACGUAAGACAAUCUGACAAUUAGUAAUAUACUAAUUACUAUUCUAAAUAAUCAUAAAAAGGAAAUGCCUGUGUUCGUACGUACCUUGUUACCGUGCAACAAUUCUUAUACACGUGUGUACAUAUAUAUUUAAUAUUUUAAUUGCUUAAGAAAAUCGUUUCCUUUCUCGUCUGCUCGAUAUUAAAAUCGCGAUAUUCGUCCAAUGAUAAUUAGACGAUGAUAUUUCAAACAAGAUUAUUCGUUAUUAACCAUCUAACGUGUUUUUGAAAGGAAACAAUCGUGAGAUAUCGAUUAACAAAUAUUUCUUUAUACAACUUUAUUCAUAUUGGAAACGCGCGUUUAGUAACACUUGAGUCUAGUAGUUCAAAUCGAAACUAGUCAGACCCUGUCCAUAUUAUUCAAUACUAUACAGGGUGUACCAGUUAAAUUUAUCAUCUGAAAUAUUUCCCUUAUUUUUGAUUUAAUGAAAAAAAAAUAUUCAAUCACACUAUCUCGAGGAAUAUGUUCGACGGAUAUGGAAAGUAUUUAUUCUCAAAAUCAUUUUUUUUUUAUAAGAUUUAAGAGUCAUCGGUAUCUUUUUUUUUAAUAUUACAUUUUACCAAACGUCAUAGAUAUUUUUUAUGUUUUCAAAUUGAAAACAAAUAUUCAAAGGACUCGCGAAUACGAUCAUGAAUGCAUUCACCACUUUGUUUUUAAUUUCAACAACAACAACAAAAUAAAAUAUAUAUAUAUUACUUGUUACACUUAGAUAAAAACCAUCGAACAUCUUUUCAACAUACUUCACGAAUUAAUUAUUUAUCCAUAUUUAAUUACAAUAAUAAACUAUUUUUUUUUUUUUUUUAUUCAUAAUCUCUCCCAACCCCCAUCCCUUCGAGAUAGUGUAACAUUGUCCCGAAUACUUUGUUUUCAUAAAAUGAAAAAUAUUAUACAUAAUAUUUCAGAUAAAAUUAUCUAAUACAUACUGUAUACCUCUUAACUGAUAUUACGUAUAAGAUAUUACAAAUAGAACUGGAGUUUCGUUGUCCUCUAGUUCUCAAUAUCCAUCCUAUGAACUUCAGACUGAAAACAAAUAAACUUUGUACAAAAGAGGAAAAGAAGAGAAAAAUGAAUGAGAAGGAUAAUCGAAUAUUAACGCGAUUCUAUUUAAACAACAGGCCCUACUUUUUAGACACAUAUACAUAUAUACUUAUAUACAAUAGGUCAUUUGUAGGGAACAGAAAGAUCAUCUCUUUUUCUCUCCCACCUUCUCUCUUUCUCUUUCUUCUGUCCAAUUUCAUCUGUAUAUAUAUAUAUGAUCUUUAAUUAUCACAUACACACACACUUAUAUACAUAUAUACAUAUAUAUAUAUAAAAUAAAAUCUUCACAUAGGUACUUGCGAAAUUUAGAUGUAACUUAAGCAAUAGAUGAUUAAUCAAUAAGGAUAGGUUAUCGAUUAAUUACAUAAAUAUAUAUAUAUAUAUUAUAGGAAUGGCGUACUUACGUAAUCUUAACGUUCUCACAAUCGAAUGAAAGUUAUGAGAAGUUGAUAAGCAUAGUCACGAAGAUGGGUAACAUAAACUUCGCUGUUUAAUGUUAAAAUUCUAGAUAAAUUUAAAAAAAAAAAUAAUUAUUUCAUUGGUUGAGGGGGGUCAAUAAAAGUCAAUACGGUUUUUACUUUUGUUUUUUAUGUCCGGUAAAUUAAAGAGAAAAAUCGCACGGUUUGUUUUUAUUAGCCAAUAUAAUGGGAUCGUGUUGCAAAAAAAAAGAAAAAAAGAAAAAAAUCAAGAAAAAAAAAAGAAA